AUGGAUAAUUCAUAUAAUUAUGUUCAACCACUGGCCUUAGGUAAAAGGAAAAACAGUAAUAAUAACAGUACAACGAAUACAUCUAACCCAAAAGCUAUGAAUCCAUUUAAGAGUGAUAACCAGAAUGUAAAUCAAGCGAUUAAUACUAACAAGAGGAGGAAAUCAUCUCCAUUUCAACGGCCUCUUCCUAUCACUUCAAAUUCUAAUAAGUGGGAUUUAAAUACUAUGGGGACAUCUGAUAGUGAGGAAAAACGCAAGAAAAGAGCUGAAAGAUUUAAUUCAAGUAAUGUAAAACGUUCGGAAGGAAGUCAAGGGAAUGACCCUAAUAACAUUCACAUUAAAAAUUCAUUCGACCCACUAAACGAUAUGGAAGAUUUUUCAAAUUUGAAUGCAAUCGCAACCAAAUCUCAUGCCUAUGAUAAAAAUAAACAUAUCAUUGGGACUUGUACAACAAUAGAAAAAUCAUACCUCAGAUUAACUUCAGAACCAAACCCUAAACUUGUGAGACCAUUACGUAUUUUACAAGAGGCAUAUACAAUUCUGAUGAAAAAACAUAAAAAUCACAGUGUGACUUAUACAUACUUAUGUGAUCAAUUUAAAGCGAUUAGACAAGACUUAAGAGUACAAAUGAUUGAAAAUAAGUUUACUGUUUUGGUAUAUGAAACACAUGCAAGACUGGCUCUUGAAAAUGGGGACUUAGGGGAAUAUAAUCAAUGCCAAAGUAGAUUACUCAUCUUAUAUGAGGACAAAUCAUUGAAAAAUGCCAACAAUAAUUUUGCUGAAUUUAUUAGUUAUUUGAUACUUUAUUAUAUUUUAACAGAUGAUAACAGUGCAAUUAUGGCUCUACGGUUGAAAUUAAUUCAACAAAAUCCAGGUACUUUUAAGAGCAAGAUAGUUCAAAAAUCUUUUUGUCUGGCUGAUGCAAAACUAAAGGGUAAUUAUCACAUUUUUAUGAAAACCUGUGAUACAAUCACUACACUUGGGAAGCACUUGAUAAAUGCUUUUAUUGAAAAGGAGAUAUUAAGGUCCUUGAACACGAUAUGCAGUAGUUACAACCAAAUAGGUUUAGACUUCCUGAAAGAAGAAUUUCAUUUUCCAAACAUAAAUACUGUCGAUUUCUUUCUCCGAAAGAAAGGUUUUGGUGAUUUCAUAAAGAUAAAAAAUCAAGGCAAGCCAAAUGAAUUCUCCUAUCUAGAUACGAAGGCAUCGAAAGCACUUGCAUCUGCACUUUAUCAAAAUUCAAGAAAAAUAGACCUUAAAGGCCAGAAAUAA